GUCGUCGUCUGCGACGAGGCGCACCGCGUCAAGCGCGAGAAGGCGCGCCUCGCGACGGCGCUCGCCGCCGUGGGCACCGCGCGGCGCGUCGGCCUCACGGGCACGCCGGUGCAGAACAACCUCGGCGAGUUCUACGCGAUGCUGUCCUGGGCGCGGCCGCUGCUCCUCGACGAGCGCAAGGCCUUCGACGCGCGCUUCGCGGAGCCCAUCGCCGCGGGCCUCUUCGACGACAGCUCGAAGCGGGACGUGACGCGGUCGAAGCGGCGCAUGGCCGUGCUCCACACGCUCCUCGAGCCCGUCGUCCACCGCCGCGGCGCCGCGCUGCUCGCGAGCGCGUUGCCGCCGAAGCACGAGGUCGUCGUCUACUGCCGCCUGACGGACGUCCAGCGGCGGCUCUAC